AAAUAUAUUAUUUUCCUUAUCCUUUAAAUACGCUCAACUUCUUUCUUCCAUUGCAACCCAAAAUUACAAGAGUGCGACUACAGACGAGCAAAAGAAGAAGAACAAAAAUAUAAUAUCCUCUAGGAAAUUUUUUUUUUUAAAUGGAAGCUUCUAUACCAAAGAGAGACUUAUACACAGAAAUAGAACAAAACGCUCAAGUCGCAGCCAAGAGACUUUGGAAAGUCGUGCGGAUCGUCUUCUGCGUUUUGAAAACCGGUACGGUCAAAAACAAGCUCAUGCUUGACUUAAACCUAAUGCUCAAGAGAGGCAACAAAGCCAUCACUAACCUCCGCCGCCGACGUUCUAGCUUCACUGGCGGCGCUGACGUUACCUCAUCCGCACGCGUCCGUGACUACGAGUUCAGCUGCAGUACCACCCCAGCGAAUGAUCCUUUUGCCUAUAGGUGCAAACGCAAACGCCGCGUCCACGGCGGUAUUGACAAAGAAGACGCGGUGACGGAAGCGGUUAAGAAGGUUUUUGAGUUGUUAGGAGAGAAUGACACGAAUGCGGCGGCCAUGGUGGGGGUAGCGGCUGGAGAGUCUCCAUUGAUGGCGUUUCCAGCGGUGAGAGUGACGGAUUCACCGUUUCCAUUAGACGACGGAGGAGACCAUGAUCACGUGGUGGAUAAAGCGGCGGAGGAGUUUAUAAAGAAGUUUUAUAAGAACCUUAAGUUGCAAAAGAAGAUGGGGAACGCGUUAGAGUCGCCGUACCACGACGGUUGGGUUAGGUGAUGCGUGCCUUUAGUGACCAAAGAUUGCUUCAUGACUCAUGCACAAAUGAAAUAAUAAGGGCAAUAUUGAGUGGAACAGUGAUUUUCAAGUUUUCUUAGAUAUAUUUCCCUUCGAGUGUUGUUGUAUACUUCGAUUUGACUUAUGUUUGUCUCUUCGGUAAAAUAUGUAAACAUGGCUGUGUAUAUAUUUUCUUAUCAUAGUGAAAAAAAAUACUAUAUUGGUGAGUC